AUGUAUUGCCAGAAAUGUCGCACGCCUCUCAAGCUGGAUAGCUCUCUUGAAGAGCUCAACCCGGCAGCAUAUGAUCUUCUAGUAGGCCCAGCGGGGAAGUCUACCCUAAAGCCAGCUGGCCUGGCUCGCUCGCGAUCCUCUUACCCUCCCGAGCGCAAAGAACGAUACGAUCAGGCAUCGCAGCGGACAUCCUCCGCAGUUUACAGAAAGGAGAUCCCGGCCUCACGACAUGGACGAGGUACCCCCGAGGCUAGAACGCUGGAUCCAGCUCCUGGGAUGUCCUUUAUAAUGCUGAAUGAGUCGGUACACGCCUCACCUUACCAGUCAAACAGCCCCGGCCAGCAGCAGAGGGGGAGGCACAAGGGCCAGGAGACCUCGGGUGGUCAACCACAGAGCCAUGAAAUAUUAUUUGCGGAUCAGGUUGAGCGGACAGCACGGAUUUUCGAAAUAGUGUCUGCUCGGUCAGAUAUUGACCAUCCGAUAUGUGCGGAUUGUACCGAUAUGCUCGUUGACGGCUUACAGAGCCAACUUGCAACAGCCACGAAAGAGCGGGAUGCGUACAUCUCGUUUCUCAAAAGUUUAAACACCUCUAUUCCAUCAGCAGACGAGAUGGAGGCUGUGAAGGAAACGCUAGAGGCAACUCUCAAGGCAGAAGCCGAAGCGUUUGACCAGCUACUUGAGUUGGAAAACCAAAAGAGGGCAGUGGAUAAAGAGAUCGCCGAGUUGGAGGAAGAGUCAAGACAGCUGGACUUGGAAGAGCAGAAGUUUUGGCAUGACCGCAACGCCUUUGCCUUGAGACUCUCUGAAUUUCAAAAUGAGCGGGAUGCUUUGAAUGUGAAGUACGAUCACGACUCUCGACAGCUUGAGCGUCUACAACGGACUAACCUGUUCAACGACGCAUUUUGUAUUAGCCAUGACGGCUAUUUUGGUACUAUUAAUGGCCUACGGCUUGGACGACUUGCCAGUCAACCCGUCGAAUGGUCGGAGACAAACGCUGCCUGGGGCCAAACUGUGCUGCUUCUUGCCACCAUUGCCGAACGAAUAGGGUUUCAGUUCCAAGGUUACAAGCUACGUCCCAUGGGCUCGACAUCCCGGAUCGACAAGAUCGAAUACCCGCAACCGAACCAGUCUCAAUCCCAGUCUACAAAUCGGCAAGAUGGAGCAAACGGUGUGCAAAACAAGAUACAACCCAAAAUCACUCCCCUUGAUCUCUUUUCUUCUGGUGAAUUGCCGCUGAAUCUACCGUGGUUGCAUCGCCGAUUUGAUGCCGGCAUGGUUGCCUUCCUCGAAUGCCUUCGACAACUGGGUAGUCAGGUCGAAAAGACACCAAUUUCCAUACCUACUCCCGCAGAGCCGUCGUCUUCUAGGCCGGGAAACACACAAAGACGCCAAAAUUCGACCCAAACCACGGGCCUUAAGUUGCCGUAUGAAAUUAAGCGUGAUAAGAUUGGCGAUGCAAGUAUCAGGCUUGGUUUUAACCAGAGUGAUGAGACAUGGACGCGCGCUUGCAAGUAUACGCUUACAUGCUGUAAAUUCUUGCUAGCCCAUGCAAGCAAUGCUGGAUCUAGCAAAUCGAACACCUGA